AAGUCGUGUAUCUGCUUGUUGUACGUGUUUCAGUUCCACGUCUGUCUCUGCUCUGCUGCGGGUCUGUGAGAGGGGAAGAUGGCUGCGGCGGCUCGUCCUGCAGUGAAGGAUGGCGUCCGCAUUGCUCUGCUUUGCGUGUGCUGGUAUGCAGUCAGCUCCGGAGGGAACGUCAUUAACAAAAUAAUAUUGAACGGCUUUCCGUACCCUGUGACGGUGUCGCUGUUCCACAUUCUCUCCAUAGUCGUGUUCCUUCCGCCGCUCUUGAGAGCCUGGGGAGUCCCGCAAACAGAGCUGCCGCGCAGGUACUACCGCUGGUACAUUCUGCCUUUGGCAUUCGGCAAGUACUUCGCAUCCGUGUCUGCACACUUCAGCAUCUGGAAGGUACCCGUCUCCUAUGCUCACACAGUUAAGGCUACCAUGCCAAUAUGGGUUGUGUUGCUGUCCCGCAUUAUAAUGAAGGAGAAGCAAAGCACAAAGGUGUACAUGUCUCUGGUUCCUAUAAUUGGAGGGGUUCUCCUGGCUACAGUGACUGAAUUGUCUUUUGAUUCUUCGGGGCUCGUUAGUGCCCUGGCUGCAACCCUCUGCUUCUCUCUACAAAAUAUUUUCUCCAAAAAGGUCCUGCGAGACACACGGAUACACCACCUCCGUCUGCUCAAUGUCCUGGGCUUUCACGCCGUCCUCUUCAUGCUCCCUACCUGGGUGUUGGUGGACCUGUCCUCUUUCCUCAUUGACAGUGACGCGAGUGUCAUGUCCAUUUGGUCGAGCACGCUGGUCCUGCUGCUGGUCAGUGGGUUCUGUAACUUUGCUCAGAACAUGAUUGCCUUCAGCAUUCUGAACCUCAUCAGUCCUCUGAGCUACUCCGUGGCGAACGCUACGAAGCGCAUCAUGGUGAUCAGCGUGUCCCUGCUGCUGCUGAGGAACCCCGUCUCCUCCACCAAUGUGCUGGGCAUGAUGACUGCAAUACUGGGGGUCUUCCUUUAUAACAAGGCUAAGUAUGAUGCAAACCAGGAGGCAAAUAAGAAACUGCUGCCAGUUUCAAAAGAAGAUCUCCUUUCCUUUGAUCACGCAAGUGCUGCACUGGAAAAAAGCUAUGCCAAUGGGACCAUGCCCUUCCCAGUCAACUCGGACUACCAGUACAGAGGAAACAAUGUGCUGACGGAUCACUUCCAGUACAGCCGGCAGACCCACGGUCUGGGAAAGAGCUCAAACCAGUAUGAUGUGUAGAACCUGGGGAGGGGCACGGGUCUGAACUUUACAACCAGCGCUGUUGGAGACGCAGCAAAGGGGAGAGAGAUUGGAUGGCAGUGUCUGCAUGGAAGAGUUUGCACGCUGAGGCAUUGUGGACUUUUUCCCCUAAUUUGGUAAUAUCGUAGUAUCCCUGAAUAGAUAAUCCCAAACAAAUGUAUUCAAAAUUAUUUUAACAAACAUGUGAGAUCUGACUGUGGUUUCAAUUUGAAGAGGGGAUUUUCCUGCAAUCAAAAAAAAAAAAAAAAAAAAAAAAAAAAAAAAAAGAUUUUCUUUUUAAAUGUUGAAAUUUUGCAUACCACAAUAUGUUUUAAUGCAACAACAAAAUUAUGUAAAAAUAGGUUCCUAGAAUUGGGGUGAUUGAUCAAUUCUGAUCAAAGGAAUCGUAUUGUAGAUUUUUGUUGUGCCCUUCCCCCUAAUCAAUGAACUAUCCUUUCAUUUUGCAUGUACAGUAGCUUACACUAUCAACCAUAAAGAACACUAGCUGCUUCUUCAGUGUAUUUUUCUAAUUGUUAAAACCACCUGCUUGGGUUGCUGUCAGCUUUGCCUUGCUUUCGUUAGGCAGUAUUUAGUUCAGCCCUUUGUUUUGUGCUUUGCAUGCUGUAUAAAUCUAUAUAAACAUCUUUAACUACGACGUCCUUCUAGUGCCCGCAUGAGAAGUGCAAUUCUGUUUCUGUGGUACAGCAAGACUGAAGGCACUGGCUGUUUUAGGUGAUUGUUUAGGUUGCGUACUUUUUGGAGAGUACCAUAUCGGGAGCCCUGGUAGUGUCUCCCUUGGUAAAGGCAGUCCUAGGAGUGCAGGCUUCUGGCUGAGCCACGCUGCCUGUCUUCAAUGGGCGUUCCACAAGGAGUAUUGGCUCUGGUGCUGGGUUACAAUCGGACUCGUUGCAGUGGCCCCUACUGGCCAGAUGCUGGUGAGCUCAAGCUCUAGGGGCUGGUAGCUCUCAAAUCUGCUGUGGAGCUCCUGGGUGUAAAGAGGUGAUUGGCUUGGGGAUGCCCACUGACCUUCACUUCUCCUGAGUUGUUGUG